UUCCGAUUAUAGUCCGUACUCCGUGAUUUGAGCCUGCUAAAGACCAACCAGUGUUAACAAAUGGUGAUGGGGACAGUUGGGUCCCGUGAACUAUAGCCGUGGAACAACAGAAACAGAAUACAGAUUACAGAGAUAGUGUGACUGAUAUAAUAUUAUAAAUUUUAAUUUCUAGUAUUUAUUACAUUAUUAUUUAGUCACGAUUUCACGAACCAGGGACCGGACUUACUACUUACUAGAAUAUAGACUUGAUUAAUGGAUCUAAUGAUAUUAUGUUCACGGAUACCAUCACUUUCACAGUAAAGUAAACUACCUACAUUACAUUAUUGCAACAAAAAUAAAAAAAUAUUGUUUUUACAAUUAUCCUACUUCAAAGAAUCCAAAAAUGCAGCGCGAAGACAAACAAUUGGAACUGGUGCUUGAAAACUUCCAAAGUAAGUUGAACGAGUUCAAAGCUCAGAUAUACGCUCUUAUAUUCAAGUUAGAACAUGAACGAGACAAUGUCAACUGGACGACAGUACUUGAUACUUUCGCUGUGUUCUCAACACAGUACACUGCCAUCAUGAAGUAUCUUUCUUACGAGAAACUUCCGCAGUUGCGUAACUACAGUGUUCUGCCACUGAUGUUGAAUCCAGAGCGCGAUGAAGAUCUCGCUCGCAUCACUGAAAAUCGAGUGCCUGCCCUGUCCCACGACAUUGUACCCGAUUUCUUGCGUACCAAAACCGAACCAGAAGUGGAACAUAAACUCAUGCAGGUUGAACACAAGGCAGGUGGUUUACAAUUUGAAACGGCACAAAAACAGCUGGCAGCAUUCAACAAGGUAGUUAAUCAUGUACUGGACCUUGUUUCUAAAGCCAGAGAAGAAUGGGAAGUGGAAACUGGAGCUCGUGUUGGUAUCGGCCAAACCUCAUCAGUUGCAGACUUGCAUACACUUGUGUCCGCUGUAAGCAUGGGUAAAAAUUUGAAACCGAUGGUGCCACAAGUAUCUCCUGGUGGUAUGAUGGUGCCCCCUACUGGUAGACCAGUUACUCCUAGCAUGGGGCCAAAUACACCACCAAUGGGAAUGAUGCCUAAACCACCUCCUGGAAUGAAGACCAAUGUAAAGGCUGCUGGAGCACCUCAUCCAUAUCGAUGAAGCAAUUUUUUUAAUGCUAUGUAAUAUUCUUCUUAAUGUUUUAUUAAAUAUUUUUUUUCAUAUCCAUAUCAAUAAUCGAUACAUUUUAAUAUAAAUUAAUAUAACAUACAUAUUAUUACAUUCUAAUAUUGUAUAACAAGUGUAAAUGUAUUUUUAUGAACAUAUUAAUAUAGUUUAAAAAUGUACAGUUAAUUUAUUUAUAAAAUAAAUAAAAAUGAUUUUGCAAUAA